UCAGGCUAAAGCACUGCAAACGCCAUUAUCCUCUGUUUCUCUGCUGCACCGACCUCGACGUCUUGCCUACUUCCCGCUUAUUUGCAGCCUAUAGAUUGGUGUGUCCCUUGAAUACAAGAAAAUGGAAACUGAACAGCCAGAGGGAACAUUUCCCAACACCGAAACCAAUGGCGAAUUUGGUAAACGCCCUGCUGAAGAUAUGGAAGAGGAACAAGCUUUUAAAAGAUCUAGAAAAACUGAUGAGAUGGUUGAAUUACGCAUUCUGCUUCAGAGCAAGAAUGCUGGAGCAGUGAUUGGAAAAGGAGGCAAGAAUAUUAAGGCUCUCCGUACAGACUACAAUGCCAGUGUUUCAGUCCCAGACAGCAGUGGCCCUGAGCGCAUAUUGAGUAUCAGUGCUGAUAUUGAAACGAUUGGAGAAAUUCUGAAGAAAAUCAUCCCUACCUUGGAAGAGGGCCUGCAGUUGCCAUCACCCACUGCAACCAGCCAGCUCCCACUCAAAUCUGAUGCUGUGGAAUGCUUAAAUUACCAACACUAUAAAGGAAGUGACUUUGACUGCGAGUUGAGACUGUUGAUUCAUCAGAGUCUGGCAGGAGGAAUUAUUGGAGUCAAAGGUGCUAAAAUCAAAGAACUUCGAGAGAACACUCAGACAACAAUCAAGCUUUUCCAGGAAUGUUGUCCUCAAUCUACUGACAGAGUCGUUCUUAUUGGAGGAAAACCUGAUAGGGUUGUAGAGUGCAUAAAGAUCAUCCUUGAUCUUAUAUCAGAGUCUCCCAUCAAAGGACGCGCUCAGCCUUACGAUCCCAAUUUUUAUGAUGAGACCUAUGACUAUGGUGGUUUUACAAUGAUGUUUGAUGACCGCCGUGGACGUCCUGUGGGAUUUCCAAUGAGGGGAAGAGGUGGUUUUGACAGAAUGCCACCUGGUCAGGGUGGGCGUCCCAUGCCUCCCUCCAGAAGAGAUUAUGAUGACAUGAGCCCUCGUCGAGGACCUCCUCCACCCCCUCCCGGGCGAGGUGGCCGGGGUGGUAGUAGAGCUCGGAAUCUUCCUCUUCCACCACCACCACCACCUAGAGGAGGAGAUCUAAUGGCCUAUGACAGAAGAGGAAGACCUGGAGACCGUUAUGAUGGCAUGGUUGGUUUCAGGGCUGAUGAAACCUGGGACUGCCCAUCAGAGUGGCAGAUGGCUUAUGAACCACAGGGUGGCUCUGGAUAUGAUUAUUCCUAUGCAGGGGGUUGUGGCUCAUAUGGUGAUCUUGGUGGACCUAUUAUUAGUACACAAGUAACUAUUCCCAAAGAUUUGGCUGGAUCUAUUAUUGGCAAAGGUGGUCAGUGGAUUAAACAAAUCCGUCAUGAGUCAGGAGCUUCGAUCAAAAUUGAUGAGCCUUUAGAAGGAUCCGAAGAUCGGAUCAUUACCAUUACAGGAACACAGGACCAGAUACAGAAUGCACAGUAUUUGCUGCAGAACAGUGUGAAGCAGUAUUCUGGAAAGUUUUUCUAAGACUAGUGAAGAACUGAAGGAGUCCUGCAUCUUUUUUUUUUUAUCUGCUUCUGUUUAAAAAGCCAACAUUCCUCUGCUUCAUAGGUGUUCUGCAUUUGAGGUGUAGUGAAAUCUUUGCUGUUCACCAGAUGUAAUGUUUUAGUUCCUUACAAACAGGGUGGGGGGUGGGGGAGGGUGUGCAAAAACUAACAUUGAAAUUUUGAAACAGCAGCAGAGUGAGUGAAUUUUAAUUUUUGUUCAUUGUUGGUGGUUUAAAGAAGUCCCCCCAUGUAAUUAUUGUGAACACUUUGCUCUGUGGUCACUGUAACAUUUGGGGUGGUGGGACAGGGAGGAAAAGUAACAGUAGUCCAUAUGUCCCUGACAUCUAUUCAGAGCAGUGUGCAGAAUGUAAUGCUCUUUUGUAAGAAACGUUUUAUGAUUUUUAAAAUAAAUUUAGUGAACCUAAAAAAAAAAAA